GACUUCCGCAGCCAGGCAGGAACACAAGCACCGUCCAGCAGUUAUCUGCUCCGUCCGUUCGUCCGGUAAUAUUUCCUCAACAUGCUAAUAAAUUGUCAUAUCGUUGUGCGGUCGUCAGAAGGAGACUCUGGGGACAGAAUUAUGCCAUUACCGUGCUGACAGUGAAACAGCCGGAUCAUGGGAGACAGAAUGACAUCACCAUGUGCCGAAAUCCGUUCAAGUAUGCCCCCGUCUUCCUCUGCCUAGUGGUGUCCGGACUCAUCUUUGUUUUGCGUAACAUUCACAGUGUCGAGAACUGGAAUUGCCACACCAUCUCGUCCCUGUACCACAUCCAGAAACGGAUCCACUCGUCCCUCCUCCGGGCAAAUCUACCUACUUUUCACCACAACCGCACUUAUUGUGCUCAUCUGGGCCAGAAACCCUCACCUGAAGAUGAAGUGGAGGAGCGGUACCUGUUGGACUCCAUCGCCUGGCCUGGGCCCACUCUGUACUCACCCACCGCCCUGCGACAGACUAGUGACCCUGUCCACAGCCUUUUUACCAUCCUUCCCUCGAAGGAAGGAAGGGAGUGGCAUGUGGGUGACCAGCUUGAGGUCCUCGUCCAAAUCCAUGACUUCCAGGGUCGCCCUAAGCGCUACGGGGGGGACUUCCUUGUGGCGAGACUACACUCUAAAGAGCUUGGUGCAGGUGUAGCAGGUGAAGUGCUGGACCAUAAAAAUGGAUUUUAUUCAGCUGUGUUCCCACUUUUCUGGGUGGGACCUGCGCAGGUGGAGAUCACAUUAGUGCACUCCAGCGAGGCUGUCGCUGUGCUGCGACGGCUGAGGGAAGAACGCCCUGAUCGAGUGUUUUUCAAAAGCGUGUUCCGUUUGGGAUUCCUGUCGGAAACCACCGUGUGCAACCUGUGCCUGCCCUCUGACCAGGAGCCUCUGUGCAACUACACAGACCUUCACACAGGGGAGCCCUGGUACUGCUACAAGCCUAAGAUGCUCAGCUGUGACACCAGAAUCAACCACGCCAAAGGAGGCUACCUCAAACACCUCCUCACCAACAACGAAGCACUGCUCUUCCAGAGUGGUGUAAACCUCAAAGUCCAAAUACAUGCUUCAGGACCAGAUCGAGUCAAUGUGCUUCCUCCCAGGAAGGAUACAUUUGAGAUAAAAAGUAGCAGCGUAAAACCAGAAGACAUUAAGCUAACACCAUCAGGGUAUUACUACAAGAACAUAUGGAGGCCACUGGAUGGUGAAACAAUGGGCCAGUUCAAUAAACCAUCCUCCAUCGUCCAGUGUCUGAAGAACAAGGUGAUCAACAUGUAUGGAGACUCCACUGUCAGGCAGUGGUUUGAGUACCUCAUUUCUUCUGCACCAGAAAUCAAAGAGUUCAACCUACACAGUCCUAAAAACGUUGGGCCGUUCAUGGCAGUGGACAGCGCUCACAACAUUCUGCUGAAGUACCGCUGCCAUGGCCCGCCCAUUCGAUUCACCACCGUUCUGUCUAGCGAGUUGAGGUACAUCUCAAACGAGCUGGACGGCCUCUCCGGAGGCCCCAACACCGUGGUGGCUCUCAGCAUCUGGGCCCAUUUUAGCACCUUCCCCGUGGAGGUGUACAUACGGCGGCUGCGUCACAUCCGGCGGGCAGUCAUCCGACUCCUGGAACGCGCGCCGGGUACGCUCGUCGUGAUCCGCUCGGCCAACCUCCAAGCCUUGGACCAGGAGGUAAGUCUGUACAACAGCGACUGGUUUUCCCUGCAGCUGGAUAAGGUGCUCAGGGCCAUGUUCAAGGAAGUGGAUGUCCUACUGGUGGAUGCCUGGCAAAUGACCUUAGCACACCACCUCCCCCAUGCCCUCCAUCCACCACCAGCCAUCGUCAAGAACAUGAUAAACAUGCUCCUGUCCUACAUCUGCCCAGAGAAUAAGGGAGCCUCAUGGCACUGACAGAUGAUCUGUUGAUGAAUUUAUUAGUUAAUGUGUCUCUGUUUGGCUAUUUUAAAAAUGCCAUCUUUUCUCUAAAGCUACAUUCCCUUUAAAUAACAUAAUUACAAACCCUAAGCUUUUCUGUCUCAUUUUCAUCUUUAUAACAGUGACUUGGCCAAAGACUUUGGCACAGUGAUUGUUGCUGCCCAUCUGUUUUAAGUGUAAGUGUGUGUGUGUGUGUGUGUGUGUGUGUGUGUGUGUGUGUGUGUGUGUGUGUGUGUGUGUGUGUGUGUGUGUGUGUGUGUGUGCGCGCGCGCGCGCGCGUGCGGACACACACACACAGGACAAUUUACAUUUAGCUACCUUUACCCUUAUGUUAAACAAACCAUCACACUGAAAAACCAGAUGAUGAUGACGACAUCACAAUCAGAAUUAAGUUAGAGUAAAAACUAAUCACUGGAUUCCUAGAGCUACCUUUACCCUUAUGUUAAACAAACCAUCACACUGAAAAACCCGAAAAGCAAUUUGUGUAGUAGUAGUACACAAUAACAGACAGACACUAUAUUGCUUUAGCAUGGUGGGAGGUCAAUGCCAUGCUUUGAAAAUCUGAUACACAUUGUCCUACGUUGUCUCACAUCUGUUUGUUUACUACCUGAGAUUUUGAACUUAAACGUCACAUCCUUUGAUCAUAAUACUAUGCAUAUCUAUGUAUGUCCUAAAUGUACAGCUUAGUUCGCUUUGCUACUUCAAUGAUUUUGGUCAGACUGUGAAGAGCUUCAAGAAUUUCAAAUUUUAACUAUUACAACAGAGAUAAUUUGUCAGCAUAUGUGGUUUUGGAUAUUGUCUUCAGCUGUACCACAACUGUUACUGUAAUAUGUCUAGUGCAAUGUGCUACUCACCACCUUUUAUAUAUAAGUAUGCCAGUAAAAGUUCAAUAUAUUACAUGUUUUACAAAUAAAAGAAAUUCUUGAAAAUAAUGUGUGA